GGUUUGUUGGUGUGGUGUUUCUGUGAAAAGCUGAGAUCUGAAUCUGGGUCGUUAAUUAACUCGUGGAGCCAGCAACAGGUGAAACUGCCACAUGAUCUGAACUUUCCCUCAAGGCUCAAGGGAAAGAGAGGAGAGAAAAGCUGAGAUCAUGCUGGCAGCUUCAACUGCUGAUAAUGGCGCACGCUGCAUCUCUGCCGAUGAAUGAAGGCGCUUUUAGUUUCUG